AUGAAGCCUGUUUUACUCCAGUCAAUCCUCUCAUGCUGUUUGCUCUUUCUCGGAUAUUGCUAUGCUCAGUCUAUACCUCCUAUAACCUCAGAGUAUCUACCACCUGUACCAACAACAAGAAACAAGCAAGACUAUAUCGAGUUCCUCGAAAGCUUCACCUACAACAUACUGGAGAGUACCUAUUCCGACGAACUCAGCGCCAUUGCCACUGUUCCUCCACCUGAAUCUCUACAUUAUUGCAUGCAUUUCUCCGGCUGCCCGGAGAUCUCAGGCGAUCCCAAUGUAGCGCCAAGUAAUAUUGGCACAGUCAUUGGACCACAUUAUCCCCCUGGCUAUGACCUGCAGCAGCUGAUAAGCCUCGCUAAGGAGAUUUCCAAACAGGUGGCUAUCACCACGCAUACUACUGCCAAGUCAAAACACCCAAAACACUCAAAACCAGCGACGGUCACGGUGACGGCAGCUGCUUCAUCACACCCAUACACACAGACUCGCUCAGACUGGAACGUGAUAGCGUGCGAUAAAUAUACUGUUAUAUCAGGACGCAAUUUCGACUACAAGACGACGUCGUGUAUAGGGCCAAGCAAAACUAUCUCUUCUGUGAAACCACAGGUGACUGUACGAAUGGACGCAACUCCGUGCAAUUGGGGAACAAUGUCGUCAACAGAUAUCUACACUUCUAUUUCUUCGGCACUGAUGGAUGCGUGUCGCGAAUCCCCGGUACCGACAAGUAUCAGAAUGGUGCCGAAAAAUAGUGAGGGAAUCUUCGGGCUUCAGCCCUUCAACACAACUAUGAGUGCCUGUAACCCGAAGACGAUGACUAUCAAGGAUGUCGACGGGCCUGCUGAGGAAGCGCACGGACACUGGCAGAAAAAGUCGGGCGAGAUUCUUUUCACCGCAGACAAAAAUUUCUUUGACAUGGGCCAUCUCGAAGACCUUGUUAAUACUUCUGCCCAUUUUGUUGCAAAAUCGGCGACUUCGAAUCCACUAAACCUGUCUUUUAUAGACGAAGCCCCGGAUUGGUCUGGGGUAGAGAUAUCGUAUUAUCAUGAGGUGGUGUACUCGGCCAAUUCUACAGAGUUGAACUGGUACGAUCCUGGCUACACUGAGUACACCCAAGCCUUUAUCGUUGAUUAUACCUGGGAAGAAACUUUUGAUUUUCCAUGGGGUACUGUAGUUUGUGACCUGGCCCAGGAUGUAGGUGAUUCACUUGCAAUGGAGAUACCCGAACUUGCGCCGAUCAUAGAACUUACGGUACUGCUUUGCGAUAUUGGAGAGGUUGUUUAA